CGUGUAGGGGUGACUUAUUACUUAACUUCUUAUGCACAAAUACCCCACCUUUCUCUCUCUAUCUCUCUCUCUCUCUAAAAUCAAACAAUUUUUUUCCUUCCAUUUCCAAAAAUAUGGAGAAUGAGUCUAUAAUUCUGAACUCAUCGCAGCCGCAAUCGCCGUCGUCGUCGGGAAGUUUAUCGACAGUUCCCGAUCAUCAACCGUCGUCGUCGGCGGCGGCGGUCGACUCGAACCGGAAACGAGCCAAGCGGCCGAGGGAAAAUAGCAACAAUAACAAUAGCAAACACCCGGUUUUCCGUGGGGUCCGAAUGAGAGCAUGGGGAAAAUGGGUUUCCGAAAUUCGUGAACCACGAAAGAAAAGCCGGAUCUGGCUCGGCACUUUCUCCACCCCUGAAAUGGCCGCACGUGCUCACGACGUCGCCGCCCUCACCAUUAAAGGCACCGCCGCCAUUCUCAACUUCCCUGAACUCGCCCAUCAUUUCCCCCGCCCUGCUUCCACCUCCCCCCGUGACGUUCAGGCCGCCGCCGCUAAAGCCGCCUCCAUGGAAAUCCCAACUCCGCCGCUUUCUUCUUCUUCUUCUUCUUCUUCCUCCUCCUCCUCCUCUUCCGCCGUCUUAUGUCCAUCCACGCCGGAGGAACUGAGUGAAAUCGUUGAACUCCCGAGUUUAGGAACGAGUUACGAAACAGCCGAGUUAGGAAACGAGUUCGUAUUCGUCGACUCAGUGGAAGGUUGGCUUUAUUCUUACCCAUGGUAUAACAGAGUCAAUAAUGCAGAUCAUCAAGUACAAGAAGAUUAUGAUUUCUUCAAAGAACAGAUUUUAAUGGCGGAUUAUACAGACACUUUAAUUCCAAAUUCAGCUUUUGAAGCUUUCUUAUGGCCAAAUUAAUUUAUUAAUUAAAACCAACCCCAUUUCCCCUCAUUGUGUGAUUUUUCUUCCUCUUUCUCCAUAAAUUUUGCUUGUAAAACAAAACCUUUUCUAUUUUUCUAUCCAAAUUUCAAAUCCUCCCCUGUUUUUUUUUUUUAAACCCAUUGAUUUUGUGAAUCUAAGAGAGGGCCCCCCAAGCUAAAUACAGUCAUUUUAGUUGUUAAUUAGUGAGUAAUGUUUGAUUAAUAAUAUAAGGAUUUGGGUUUUGAGGCAGAACUAUUCCCUAAUGUUCAUAUAAUUUUAUUUUAUUUUAUUUUAUUUUUUCCUUUUUGAGAGUGUAAUAUUUGUUUGUGCUCUAAUUAUGCAGAUGAUAGCUCCUCUAUUUUUUGUCCUUUAA